UAUUGAUAAUGAUAAAAUGAAAUAAUCACUCUUCUUUUUUCCCGUGUAUUUACUUAACAUUUGAACAUGUAAUACGGUGUUAUUAUAAUAAUUAAUACACCAUUAUCUUAGCUAAUAAAAAUGUUGGGAGGUGUAAGAUUUAAAGUGAUCUAUACUCAUGAAAAAUCAUGUUUCGCUUAUAUCAGUCCAAAGUACAGUACAAAUAAUGAACAGACACAAUGUGUACAGGUGAUAUCGAAAGGUAAACAAUUAUUGGUAUGGGUGGUGUUUAACAGUACAAUACCAGAAGGAUGUAUAGCCUUCAACCCGGUGUUUAGUAGACUGGUGGAUGUGGCAGAGGGGUGUGAUGUGUUUGCAUCACCAUACGGAGAUGUUAAAGUGCUUGAUGAACUGUACAUAGACACUGACAGUCCUGAUGACCAGGAAAUCUUGGAACACAAUGUAGAACUUUUGCAAUUGAGGAUUUUAGAUCAAUUAAGAAUUGUGGCUGUAAAUCAAAAGGCAGUUGUAUGGAUAUCUGCAUCUUUACCUAUUGUAUUUACACCAAAGCAAACCGGCUUACUUGUUACUCAUAGUAGGAUUAUAGUUAAAGUAGAUGCUUUUAACAGCUUCUCAGGUAUGUUACCGAAUACCUCAAUAGAUGUGCCUGAAGAGAAAUAUAUCGAGUUUAAAAAUAUAGGUCUUGUGCACGAGGGUAUGCUUCGCCAGUAUCUGAAUGUACCAGAAAGAUUAGUACUUAGAGCUGUUCCUAUUGACAGUGAUGGCAAAAAGAACCUUAUACACCCAUACACGGUGUUCAUGCAUGAAGAUCUCUUAAAUGAUAAAUAUAAGAAGUACUCUGCAGUGUUAGCAACCAUGAAGAAUAUACCGUUUCUAAUAAAAGAGGAUGAUGAUGAUGAUGGUGGUGAGAAUGAUAACAAUCAGAUUAAUGAUUUGUGUGUGGAAAUAAUUCUAAUAAACAGCAUCGUAUUCAGAAGCCUAUGUCAUGAGGUCUACAAUAAAAAAAUACCAACUGUGCUUAUACCAAAAUCACUUAAUGCAAUUAUUAAUAUAAAAAAUGGCACCAGGAUUAUAUUUACUAUAAUCGGAGAUAAUGUUGAUCAACCAGAUCAUAUAGAUAUCGUAACAUAUUCAGAUGAAACUCAGACUGAAAUUGAUAUUAUAGAAAAGUUUAAAGACUGUGUUAUACAUACCACACACUCGGGUAAAAAGUUUUUAAUCAAUCACGACAUGAUCAAACAAAACAUGCAGAUCAGUUAUGGAUUCUUACAGUUUAAAUUGAAGCCUGAGAGAUUGAAAUAUACAAUGUUGAAUAAUGAUUCCUUCAGGCAUUGCACCUUAGCUGUAAAGUGCUUGAGUGAGUCUGAGUUAGUGCUUCCCAAACCUUCCACUUCCAAAAUUGAAUAUGAUUACAAGAAUUACUGUAGAACAAUGAAAUCAGUGGAGACUUUGGUAAUGAAAAUUGUGUCACAUGUUUACUUUGAAAUCCAUAGAGAGGCUACUUUUAAAGGUGUAUCAGAAAUGAAGAGCAAUGUUUUAGUAACAGGUUUAAGUGGGUCAGGCAAGUCAAGUCUCUGCCAUAUAGUCCAAAAAGAGCUGACAGUUUGGUCUCAUAUUCUACACUGUAGACCCUUGAAGGGUCGGAAGGAUAUUCCGGAGGUGCUCAGCAAAGCAAUUCUCAUGUGUCAGGAGAGAAGCCCGGCCGUACUUAUAUGCGACGAUGUCGAUUCACUGGUGCCCCCCAACAUGGAAGGUGCAUCGCCGCAGGAUAUCGCUUAUUAUCAAAGAUUAGCAGUAGUAAUAAAGCAUUUACUGCAAACGUGUUCAGGAGUGUGUGUGCUCAUGACCGCGGUCAGUAUGAAGGUGCUACACCCGAUAUUGAGCCAGUUCAGUGGCAAACCAUUGUUUACGUCGCAUUUCAAUAUACCGGAGCUUGAGCAGGAAGAACGAACAGAGCUGUUCAAGCAUCUCAUUAACGACAAAAUAAGGGAAGAAUUUCAAGUGGAGGAGGACGACUUCAUAAAAUUGUCUAUGGAGACCGCCGGCAGCACAGUCCGAGAUAUUACAGACUAUCUCAAUAAAAGAAUAUUUAAGGCGGUCAAAAAGAAAAAAGCGCGACCAGAUGAUCCAAAACCUCGUAUCAUUGAAGACACAAACAAGGAUGAGGAGAAGGCAAAGGGUUUUGAUAUAUGGGGUCCAGUUGGCGGAUUGGAUGACGUCAAGCAACAGCUAACAGAGUGCAUAUUCUGGCCUAUCAUGUACCCGGCGCUGUUCCCGCGCGCAUCUAGCGGCAUACUGCUGUACGGUCCGCCGGGCUCCGGCAAGUCUCACAUCGGGUCGUGCCUGGCGCGGCUCGCCGGCUUCACCAUGCUCACCGUCAAGGGGCCCGAGCUGCUCUCCAAGUACAUAGGGCAGAGCGAGAAGGCCGUCCGGGAUAUAUUCGACAAGGCAGAUAUGAAGAGGCCGUCAAUACUGUUCUUCGACGAGUUCGACAGUCUCGCGCCCAAGCGCGGACACGACUCGACCGGCGUCACGGACCGCGUGGUGACGCAGCUGCUGGCCAGACUGGACGGCGCCGAGGGAGGCGCGCGCGGAGCAGUGGUCGCCGCCUCCUCGCGGCCCGACCUGCUCGACCCCGCGCUGCUGCGGCCCGGCCGCCUGCACACGCACCUCUACUGCGCGCUGCCCGACCAGGACGGCCGCUACGAAGUCCUCAAAAUCCUGACGAAGAGUGUUGCAGUAGACAAGGAAGUGAACCUACGGGAUCUGGCUGAUAACACGGACGGCUACUCGCCGGCUGACCUCAAGUCUUUAUUAGUCACGGCGCAGUUGACUAGACUAGAAAAGGAAUUGACCAACACAGAUGACAAGAGUAUGGAGUCUGUGGUCGUCUUAAAUGAGGAUAUACAAAGUGCCUUACAAGAAACGAAGCCCUCGCUAUCCAAAGAGCAGAGAUUAUUCUACGAUAUGAUAUACAAAAGAUUCAGAGGCGAGAAUCUGUCUCCAGAGCAGAAACUUAUAGAGACGCAGAUGCAGAAACAAAGAGUUACAUUAGCAUAAAAAAUGGGUUUUAAAUAUUAUUCAUAAGGGACUGCGUAAAUGGAGAAUACACAGCGUUUGUAAUUUUUUAAUUUUGUUACAAUAGAGUAUAUAAUCUUGCGGGAGAUAGCAGUAGCCUAGUGAUAUACCACACGGACAACGAAAGGUCUAGAGCAGUGAUUCUUAAAGUGGUCUAUAUCGACUCCCAGGAGUCUAUGACAAACUGCAAGGAGUCUACGCCAGCGGUCAUCUUGUUUUUACUUUAUGUUUUUAACACUAAAAUUGAUUACAGUUAGAAAUUUACAAAAAAUCAAUACCAGGCAAGAAUGGGGGUCUACGCAAAACCGAAAAAUAUGGCAAGUGGUCUACGACACAAAAAAGUUUGAGAACCUCUGGUCUAGAGUUUGUAUUUGGCUGACACGAAAAAAAUGCUUGUGUGUAUUAAUUUAUAUAUUUUUUUAAUUAAUAUUUCUGCCGGACUGUCCGAUAACCCACAAUGAAUCCGAGU